ACUUCGUCACCUUAAAAUAAAGUGUUACCUUAUUUAUUAACAAUUAUUUUCUGUGAAAACUAAUAUAUUUAUUGCAAUGUGUAUAUGCUUAUUUACUGCAUUUAAAGCAGUAAGCUUUGCUUACCAAGCAGGUUGAUUUUCCAAUCGGAUGUGCUAAACAGCAGGUGUUCAGUUUUGUUGACUGAGAAAAAUUUGUGACAUUUUUUAUUUUUUUUGCUUUCUUUGUAUAAUCAAAACAAAAUGCCACCACCUCACCUAUCCCACCAUUUCUGCCUCUCGCACCAGGUGUGUGUAGCGUCCGCCUUUCCAACCUAAUGGCGCUGAAGCUGUAACUAUGAAAAUGGCAAGCCCAGCCUCAGGAGAUAAAUCAUUAAAUACUCUGUUAUUGUGAAACACAAUCACUUUCGAGAGCACAUGGCGUGGCGGUCGAGGCACAGCUGAAGUCCGGAGCUCAAUUCUUUCAGAUCUAUUUUUGAAUAGCGAUUGAAUGAACAGAUGCUAAAUAUUUUAUAAGAGAAAAGAGACCAGGUCAUGGUAAGGAAGACCAAAAAGGGGCCAAUUUAUUGAACUUAUGGAGAGAGAGAUAGAUACAUGAAACCAUAACAGGAAAGCGCAACGAGUCCUGUCCUUGAAGAGUUGGACGGGGGCACGAGCAGGGGGAAGUGAUUCUAUCAGGGCUUGUGUAUCUCGUUUCUGCUGAACUGGAAAUGGUGAAAGGUUGAAUCGCUGCAAUAACAUCUAUUAUGUACAGUAUGUAAGCCCAAAGGGCAGCAAUGGCAUCCGUAGGCAUCUUUACUGCUUUUGACAGGACAGUUUAGAUAUCUGACUCUUUAUGCUCUGUACACAAUUACAGUUUCCGCUGCACCAGAUGUGAUACCCGAUGCGGCCACAGCAACCGACACCGUCACUGCAACAACUGGCUUUGUUACUGUUUUUCCUGAGGUUACUGAUGCAUUUGCCUCAUCCUCUGAUGGCAUUGCAACAACACUUUAUAUGGUCACCCAAGCAAUAUCUUCUGCAACCAUGGCAACAACACCUUCUGCAACCAUGGCAACUUUUGAAACAACAUCUUCAGCAUCAGCUAGCACCAUUCAACUGCCAACCUCUCUUGCACCUGUUUCUGAUGUAUCUUCAGUGGAAACGAAUGAAGUGGUUACAGCAAAUACCUUGGAUAAAAGUGCCGUUGUGUCCUCAACAGAUGCAGCAAUGAAGACAGUUGAUGCACUCCCUCCAGGCAUUGAUUUGAUCGUCCCAGCAACUCCUGCAUCAGAUGUUGAUGCUCCUGCCACUGAUGUUAUUGCUUCAUCUCCUGAUAUGGAUGCUCCAUCAAUAGUUAUGGUUGAACCAGAGUUUGGUUCCAUUGGCCCUGCAACUGACAAAGACGCUCCUGCGACUGUUGUGGUGGCUCCUGCAUCUGAUAAGGUUGCAGAACCUACCGAUGUGUCAGAUGAAAUCAAACCAGCUCCUGAAGGUCCAGGUGAUGGAAUUGAAGUUGUCACGACAGUUGCAGAAAAAGUCCCACCUACAACUGCCAAACCUCUUCUGACAAGUGACCCUUUGCAAGCUCCAGUCCCUGAUGAUCCUCCUCAACCUGAUGCUGAGACUGACAGUAAACCUUCAUCCAAAGAUGCAAAGAACAAUGAAGCUCCUCUCAUUGAGACCAAUGAGGAAAAAACAGCAACAAACCUGGGGAAGAAAGAUAAAGAUGCUCCUGAGAGUAAACCACCAUCUAAAGUAGGAGAAAACAGUGAGGUUCCUCCUAGUAAGACCAAGGAGGAAAAAACAGAAACAAAUUUGGAGAAGAAAGAUAAAGAUGCUCCUGAGAGUAAACCACCAUCUGAAGUAAGAGAAAACAGUGAGGUUCCUCUCAUUAAGAACAAGGAGGAAAAAACAGAAACAAAUUUGGAGAAGAAAGAUAAAGAUGCUCCUGAGAGUAAACCACCAUCCAAAGUAGGAGAAAACAGUGAGGUUCCUCUUAGUGAGACCAAGGAGGAAAAAACAGAAACAAAUUUGGAGGAGAAAGAUAAAGAUGCUCCUGACAGUAAACCUCCAUCUGAAGUAAGAGAAAACAGUGAGGUUCCUCUCACUGAGAAUAAGGAGGAGAAAACAGCAACAAACCUAGAGAAGAAAGAUAAAGAUGCAGAAGCCCCAGUAUCUGCAGACAUCGAGAGGAACAACGAGGCUGGGAAAACCGAAAAGAGCAGGGAAGCCAAAGAGGAAAAGAAAGAGAAGGAAAAAAAGAAAGAAAAAGAUUAUGAAAAGAAAGACUAUGAGAAGAAAGGUAUACAGCAUUUGUAGUUGAGUGUGUGUAUUGUGUGUAGCUUGACUAUAGAAAUGAAACAAACAGAUAUUGCACUCAUCUGACACAAAAUGUAACUAUGACUGCGGUCUGAAAAUGCAUUUCUGCUUGACUGCAUGGUACCUUCCAGUAAUGCUGCUGUGGAUGAGAUGGAGUAUCUGUUAGUGAAGAACAUUUACAGCUUGUAGUGUAUUGAUUGGUUUAGCAGCCAUUAGAUCCACAGAAAGAAACUCUAAACCCUAGUUCUCUCUAGUUUUAGGCUGUUUUGUUUACAUUAUCAGCUUUCUUAAAUAACAGUAGCAUCAUUUCAGUGUGUCUGGUUUCAUAUUUUUGGCCCUUACGGUGAACCUUUCCACAUUGUUGAGUGAUUUGUGCCAAUAGUGCAGCAGUAUUAGCUAACAAAUAUCCAACAAAAAGCUUAAUGUUGCUUUUAUUCCAAAGUUGUUGCAAGGAUUUUAAUCCCCGGGGGGCCAAAAACGCAGUUGUCAAGGAUAGCGUACAUCAGAUUUCAAGGUAAGGCAAUGCUUUAAAUCAAGACAGAAAAAAGACGUUAUAUUUUCAGGGUUUCAAUGACAUUUUACGUGAAUGAUGUAUUUAUAUGCAUUAGCACUCCUGUAGGCAAUGCUUAUCGAAGGAUGAUUCAGUUUUGAUUUCUGUUUUCCAGAAUGUGGACAGACACUAAUAUGGAAACUGUGGAAAAAUUGCUGCCUAAAUGUUAUUCAUUUCCUCUCUUCCAUGUCGCUCUUUCUUGUCUCUCUCCUUUCUUUGUGCUCACAUGUUUUGUUUUUUGCUUUGUCUCAUAAGGUAAGCCGCUCAUGAUGUAUUGUG